GGGAAACGGGGAAGGCAAGGAUAGGUUUGUGAGUGAGGAAGGGGUGCUGCCCUCUCAUCCGUGCUGCCUUUGCACUCCUUGUGUCCUGGGGUCAGCAUUGCCUUUGGCAGAGCCUGGGCAGUUCUUGUUGGCAGACUCCUGAUGCUGAACUUGCUGGAAACAGGAACUGCUUGUAACGAUCUGUCUUUUCUUGCAAAGCUUGGUUUUUAAGCCCUUUAAACUGACAUGUAAGUUACACAGACCAACAUCCCACACUGCUCGGAAACCCUUCACAAUUAACCCACUCCAACCUGUGUUCUGCUCAGCCCUGGGGUACACAGGUUUGUGUAUGGGUUCUCUCUGUCACUGAAGGCUUCCCAUAUUCCACAGCCUGAUUUGCUCCUCUCUUGCAGCAUGAACUUAUUUUAAUUCAGGCUGACUGAUCAAUUUGCAGUUCAGUAGGAAGACCUCUUGUGUUUUAGCCUGUGUCAACAGUGCUGGGGAUUUUCUUUUCCCAGCCUUUAAGAUCUACAAAGAUGGCAGAAAGAAAUUGAGUCGUGGGGCACGUACUGAUGAUUACCUGUGCUGGUUGUUGCUUCAGCUGAGAGGAGAUAUGUGGGCAGGGGAGAAUGGGAACAGCUGCCACUCUGCACUCUCUUGACUUGUUUUCUUGUGAGAAGAUGUGAUAAAUUAGCAGAAACACCUCUCAGAAAAUACUUCUUUGUGGAAGUGACCGUCUCAGUCUGUUGGCAUUCUUAGAGAUGAGAAUGGUUUGACUCCAGCAAUUAUACAGACCGAUGCUUUUGUGUCAGAUCACACUGUGCUGUGGUGUAACUGCCGGGUGAAGUACAGCCGAACUGUGUAAAAGAAUUACUGGAUUUUUUUUUUCCUCUUUGCCUUUUCUUAAUGCCCCCUUAUGCAGUCCUUUGUAACUGGCUGUGAGGUGCAGUGCAGGUCGCAAGCUGCAUGCAGUGCUAUCGGUGCACACUAGAGGGUAGUGCACCACUGACUGCCCUGCUCCGAGCACACUGCUGCCUGAACUCGCUCCCAGCUGGCACGGAGCAUGGAGCUGGAGCUGCCUGCCCUCUGUUUACACUCAUGUUGCAGUUUGUCUUUACAGCGGGGAUGCGAUACCUGUGGUAUGGGAAAAUGGUGUAUUCUUUCCAAACCUGCUGCGUCUGACUCAGGGAUGAGUUUUUACAAUGAAUUCUAAUUAGCUUGAGCAAUCUGGUCCUCUCUGUGUGUUUUUCCAGAGAGAUCACAGUAACUAAGAGCCCUGAGAGGUUCUCCAGGCUUUUUGGAUGGUUAACAUUUGACUGAAAUGUUAUGCUGAACUUUGAAGCAGCUCAUUUGAAUUGAGGUACAUCAGCAGAUUGACAGAGCACUGUAACUGCAGCAUUGUAGUUGACAGCAGUAGCUCCCAAAUUCAGUUACUGAGGCCAAUGCUAGCAGGAGAAUCAGGUCUGGGUUACACAGAAUUGCUGGAAAAAACAUUUACUAUGGAUUUACUAUGGUGAAGUACAAUUUACUGCUGAAGGACCUGACCCCAAAAGCAUGGCAUGGCAUCAGUUCACAUCAUCCAGAUUCUGCCUCACACGAUGAUUUGGUGAAGGAAAUCUCUUUGUGGACUGAGGUAAAAAGAGGCUGAACAAAUCUGCUUGGACAGAAAGAACGUGAAGACCUCCUGGAUAUGCAGUGGUUGUUGUGAGUCGUGCUGUUUUGUCGGAAUGUUUUUAGGUGAUUCCUGGUCACCUCUCUAUACAGCGGCCUAAAGGAAAGCUGCCACUGGUUUCACUUGGAAGAUGCUUGAGUUAGAAGAGGUUGGUCUGCUUGCACAUUGCAUAUCUGGCCUGGUCUUGCAGAAAUGAAGGGGGGACUCACACCGUGCUGAACCUCACCCUUGAAGUCCUGUAUGUCUGAUCUGGGGCCAAAGUAAGGAGCCCAGCAUUGGGCUUAGAAGGAAAUGUUCCUCUGCCCCAUCCCAGCAGUUCCUGCAGGAAGGCUCUGUGUCUCGCUGUCCCAGGCACAUUCCUGACCAGCACCAGGUAUGAAAAUACACUGAAAUGAGACUGGUAAGAAAAGCUAAUGAUAAAUACAAAUCACAGAAUCCCCUCUUGCAAGCAUUUAAAACUUCAAAUAAUUGUAUUUUCUGAUCUUAAUGAUUUCGGUACCACCGGGAAGCACCUGUUGGAUUUAUGUGCUGUGUUCUUCACUACCCCCUCUGCUGUAGCAGUACCUGCAGCACCUGGGCAUGCUGGUGUUGGGCUGGGUCUGUGCUGCUGCUUCUGCACAUGCCCUUCCUUGCCUUCCUCCCCCCUUGGUGUCCUGCUUCUCUGGAUCUCCCUGUGGCUGGGGUAAUACCUCUGCCUGAUUACUGCUCUUUUGGGGGACGGACAUGCCCUUCCCUGACCAGCACUGACUUGAAGACCUGGCAGUCAGGAAGAAAAUGUGGUUCUUGCUGAUGCCGUUUCAGUGCCUGGGCAACAUCUACCAAAAGUCCCUCUGGGCUGGAACGUGAUCUGAAAGAACCGGAGCGUUUUGCCAGGUGCUGUAGUAGAUGUUCCACUAUGGUCCUUAGUAGGAAAGCUCCCGAUUUCCAUGGAGAUCCUUCCAAUUCAGGCAUUGAAACCCUGGCGCUUUGGUGAGGGACAGAGAAUGUUCACCAGUGCCUUCAACAGAACUCUAAAAGAAAAUUCAGAUGGGAGCAACUCCAUUGCAUCAUUUACCUCCCAUGAAAGGAAGCUUAUUGUUCAAAAAGAGGGCUGUAUUCUGACAGCUGUCAGUGCUGGAGUUACGUCCUGCAUUUCUGGAUUAAACCUCAGCUGGUGGUAAAGAACAGUUGUGAAACCAACCUCCUGGAGAGCACUGCCUGCCAACUUUGGCUUUCCAAUCCCAUUUCCCACAUAGUCCCACAGAACACACAGCUGGGACCAUUGUAAGGGUGGGCUCUGUCAGGCUGCGGCUCCAAGGAUAAGAAGAGGUGGGGACCCAGCAAUUCGAGCUGUGCAUCUUUGUGUGUCUGAAUGCUGACAGCCUCUGCUUGCUGGCAGAACACUCCGUUCUGCCUCACUGCCGCGGGCACUUCGAAGGGUGGUCGGGAGUGGUGGGUUGUGGUGCAGAAGGCUGGGAGGGAGCUGGGCGUUUGGCUGAGUGACACAGCCUGGAGCAGAUGCCAUGCAGCAGAAACUGCAGUUAUCCCUCUCCAAGAUGCUGCUGCUGGAGCUGCUAGAUGGUUUGGGCUUCACAGUCUCCUACGGGUUAGUUCUGGUGGGGGGAAGACUGCUGGGUAUACAAAGAGGUACCUGAGUGCUCUAAAUGUGACUUACCCCCUUACCCUGCGUUGUGCCUUGGCCAAAGGGCAGCACCAGGGCUGUGUGGGGCAGAGCUGUGCCUAUAGCUGUGCUGGAGCCCUCCCAGAGGUGGGGAGAGCUCUGUGUGACGUGGGGUGAUAGGGAUGGCUUCUUGCAAUAUCGAUAGCUCCAGGUGGGUGUAAGGCAGGAAUGGAGGGCAGCUCCACGCAGUGCAGGUCGCUGUGCAGAGCACUCCUCAGGCAGGGUUUCAGCUCCGUGUUUGCUGCUAUCUGAGCCCUUCCUGGACAGCCUCUGCAGUCUGCAUUAAGCAGCACCCCACAAGUGAGCAUCGGUGUCUUCCCCUUGUUCUCCAGGUCCCGUGGGUGUCAGUUCUGUGGCAAGGGAACAAGAAAGAUGAUUCCUGUGUCUGUCCUCGAGUCCAACAGAGCUGCUUCGGGUUCCCCUGUUGUCAUAGAAAAGAAGUCCAGAGCUCAAGAGAGGGUUAUUUUGGAGUUCUGUGUUUUGUUUCUCUUUCCUUUAGCAUCCACGUGCUGUACCGAAGCUGUGUUGGCUGAUCAGGUUGACAGAACGUGUAAGUGGUGGAAUGUUAAUAAAUCCUGCUGAUGAGUCAUUAGCAUACAAAGCAAUCUGGUGACUCAGAACACAAGGUUUUUAUCAGCGUUUGUUCGAGCACUUGUAUAGGUAGGAGCAAUGAAAAAUCUUGGGAAGAAAUCUGUCUCAGAGCAUCUGUUUGUCUUCUGUUAAGGCUGUGGAAGAUGCUGACAAAUGGGGUGGUGCUCUUUUUAACUCUGAAAACCCUUUUGGCUGAGUUGUGUUGCCCUGGCCCUGGUUCUAGUCGUGUUUGCCCCCCUCCCCUCUGUUCCAGCUCUGUUGGAUGUCCUCUGAGCUCAGAAGGAAGCACUGCAUGUGUAUGAGAGGAAGGAGAUGGUGAAGUUUAUUCCCCAAAAUGCACUUGAAGCCUCAGUCGGGGUGUCGGGGUCACUGGGCCAAAGCCAUUAGGGACUGGUGAAAUGAUGUCAUUGGAGCAACAACAAAACAUCCCAUCCAGUAGGUCACGGCCUGAUUUGUUACCUGCGCUGUGUUCUCUGCUUAAUCUCUAGUGAGCAAUCGGGUAAUUAGCGAGGACUUCUUACAGGCAGCUUCCUUGAGGAGAGGCCAAGGGGCAGAGGAGGGAUCCGUGUUCCUUCCUCACCCGUCCUGGCAGCGCUGUGCUCGUGGGCUUUGGCUGCGGUGUGUGUGGAGGUGCAGGAAGCUCUUUGUCUCUUCCCAGGGAGGCUCAAAAGAUCCUUCCAAAAAGCCAAUCGCUGUGAUCAGUCAGAUGUGCGGAUUAACCCCGAUUUAUGGUCCCAAAGCAAUUAUUGCUGCCUUUCUCUGCUGCCCUUUUGAGGUUCUGUGAGCUCAACUUGAGGAAGGGUGGGUUUGCCAGGUUGUUAUUCAGCUAUGCCAGCUUCCAAGUGGAAGAAUGGGGUGAUGGUGCUUCCAAGAAGCUUGAACGAGGGCAAUCCUUGGUGUUGCAACAUGCCCUUGGGGCUGUGAUGAAUAUGAAAGGUAACUGAUACCUACCAGCUUUCUUAAAAACACCUCUUUAGAGCCAUAGAAUCACUGAGGUUGGAAAAGACCUCUAAAGAUCGAAUAAUCAACCUGUCUACCUACCACCAGUGCUGCCCACAUCUGCACAGUUCCUGAGCACUUCAGGGACAGUGACUCCACCUGCACUGUAGAGACCUGAACUGUCAUUGACCACAACUCUCCCAGUGCAACUGUCCAUCCAAAUCCUCGCCCACCAAGCAGUCCAUCACAUCCAUAUCUCUCCAGUUUGGAGCUGUGGACGUACUGUGGGACAGUGCCGAAUGCUCUGCCCUAAUCCAGGUUGAGACAUGCAGGUGGCUCAGCUAUUCAGGAUUUUCUUCCAGCACAACCGGCUGGAUUGAGUGUGUUGGAUGGAGGAGACCGGCCUCAUUUCCAUCCUGCUUUUGCAAAAGAAUAGCAGACCUCAGCUCAGCCUUGGGGAACGGCUUCUACCGUGACAGUUCUUUCAUGCAGCCUUUAUCCAGAUUUGACCUACUUGUCAUUUUUGUACAAACAGCUGUCAGAAAGCAGCGGGGAUGGAGAGAAGAUGCAUCCGAGGAGUGCUGGCUCUUCAUCAGAACACUUGCAGAGCAGUGGGCAACUCGAGCAAAUGGCAGUCUGCAGGCUUUGGCUCUCAGCACGGCAUCCGGCGCCCACCGCCAACCACCGGGAGCUGCCGCUGCGCCGCUCCCAGAUAGAAGCGGAGGGAGCCGCGGGCUGCGGGGGGAUGCAGCCGAAGCGCGGGGGAGACAAAAGGGACGGGGAUGUGAGCCGCUCCGCCGGCGGAGCCCUCCGGAGCCUCCGCGGCCGCGUCGAUGCUGCUUGGCGCAGGGCACCCGCCGCUCGUCCCCAAGGGAGGCUCUUACGGCAUUGAUUGGCUCCGCACAAAGCCGGGCUGCGGGCUGCGAGCUGCUCCCCAGCAGCCACCCUUCCCCUCGUCCUCCUCCUCCUCCUCCUCCUGGCCCUCAGAGCCCCCCGGCCGAGCCGCCCUCGGAGCAAAUGCCACCCGUACCCAAUGAGGCGGAUCCCGAAGUGCCGCGAAUGGAUCCCAGGAUUCUCAUUUUCCUUCUCUACGUGAUGAUCCUCCACGAGCUGGUGAGCGGCUGGAUGGAGUACCAGAAGCAGAUCGCCAAGCCCAAGAAGCAGGCGGGGCCGGUCUGGUCCUCCAGCAGCACCACCAGGCCGAGCCACUCCAGCUUCGCCAGGCCGCUGGUCCACUCUGUGCGCAGGGAGCGGCACCGGGACUGGAGGAAGCCGGGACGGAUCAUCCGGAAGGCGUGAGGGCGGCCCCAGGGAGCCCACGGCCCACAUGGGGCAGGGACGGCCCCACCAGACGAGGCUUUGGCCACCCGACACGGCAAGAUGACUCUUCUGUCUUCCCCUUUGAGUAGACGGAGACCGGAUUUCUUUGGGGAAGGACGGAAUUUGCUCCUUGGUCAACCCUGGGAAGCCUUCAAAUGAGCCUCUGUUGCCCAAUGGGAGGGAAGGCGUUGGGGUCUGGUCCUCUGCAGGGCACGCAGCACUGAGAGCCCUCGUGGCUCUGCUGGUCCCCCCCCAGCCUCACUGUGCAGUGUUUCUGCUUUUUGUCACCGUUGCUCUGUGGUGGAAGAGGGGAAGCGCUGGAAACUGGUGCCAUUCGUGCAAUGGCCCUGCAGUUGGAUUUCCUUGCAGCCUUCCCAGCAGAUGAGCCAAAUGUAAGAGCGGCUUUCUAAUGAGCAGAUAGGAGGGAAAGGAACACACGUUGCUCUUACCAGGGUCUGUGAUUUAGACGUAGAAUGAGACCGUAGAGGCAGGAGUCAGCUCUCGUGCCCUGCACGGCAGCUGGGUGCAGAAUGGGCCAUCUCUGAGCGCUGCAGGAUUCCAACACGGCGCUCCUGCAGCUCGUGCUCAGGGCUGCCUUGUUUGCUGAACUGCCUCCAGCACAGCCUGUUUGCCUUCUGCCAACCAUUUACAAGCCUGACUCAGGCUGGGCGAUGCGUAAUGCAGGAGCAGAUAGGGAAGGGCCAUGGGGUGGGUCGGGCAUUCCUCAGCACGAACGGCCGCUGGUGCUGCCCCAGGGCAGAGAGCUCAGAGACAGAACCUCAGCUCUUAGGGCAGACAGAGCGUUGUCCGGGUGAGGUGCGGUGAGCGCUGUGUGUCCUGAGGCAGCAGCAGUCAGGGAUUCGCUUUCUGCUCCUCUCAGAGAACAAACAUGCAAAGAGAUGCCUCAGCUCUGCGAUGCUGUGGCUGUUCCCCGAGGCGUCCACUGCCCCCCCCAAUAAUGCAGGCACAUCCACGGCAAACAGAGCAACGAGGAGGAAGAAGAUGUUGGGGGCAAACUGCUGGGAGGCGUUUCUGGGUGGUGGCCGCUUUGCUUUCCCAGCCUUCAGCUCCCCCAGGGCUAUGGGGACGUGGCUGUGUGCCCCACUGCCCUCCCGCUGGGAGCAGUCAGCCUGCAGAGCUGUCUGCAUUCACUCCCAGGGCGUUGCAGGACGCGGCUCCCAGCACCAGCAGGACGGACAGACCUGAAUGGGACAGAUGGAUGUCUGAACUGCUGCACCCCGGGAGCGGACGGCCUUGCUCUGCUGAUCACAUGCUGGAUUUAUCCCUGUACGUUUCCUCCUGUUUCCUCCCAAUAAACUCCUUUCCAGUCA